AUCCGCGAACACGAGCUUCACACACACACUCACGGCUUCCACAGCUUGCUCUCGCUGCACUCGCAAGCAAUACAUCUCGUCGUUCCACUAAGACCGAGGAGCAAAUGGCGGCCACCCUGAAGCUCAGGAUCCUCAUCGUGGCGGCCGCCGUCGCCGCGUCCCUGGUCGGCACGGCCUCAGCGGCCGAGGGACCGGCGCCCGCUCCGACGUCCGCCGCCGCGUCCAUGGCCGCGCCGGCCGUUGCCGCUGCGUCCUUCACCGCGCUUGUCUUCGGCUACCUCUUCUGAACGCCGUGAACAUUCAGGCGUAGACACCGUGUUUGACCGUCGGAAAUUCUGUGUGUUGUGCCCAGCCGAAUUGUUUGCCUGCUCAGAUUCUUCUUCUUCUCUCUCUCUCGCUCUCAUGUUUUGGUGUGUAUAGGUUUGUAAUUACGUGUUCAUUUUUUUAUUGUGUGACCAUGGAUCUCGUAAUUAGUACAUGAUAUAUGUAUAAACUAUAGAGAACUGCAGUUUGGUUCUUCAUUUUACACUGUUUGAGAGAUGCUAAUAAUUGGAUUAAGAC